AUGGUGCCGACGUGCGCCGACGAUCGAGCACGAAACUCGAUUCGAGAGGAAGAAAACGCUCGUUUCGAGGCAUACCAGGCAACAAGAGACCACAAGACAUAUGUGGAGCCCAAGGACUAUUGGACCUUGGACGAAUUGGCAGAGUACGAUGGGUUCCCACCUGCCUACAAGAAGACAGACGCCGGCGACAACGACAACGACGAAAACUUUUAUGGGUCUGGCGGUGAAUACCAUGUCAUUGCCGGCCUAGAUGCUACUCGACAGUUGGCCAAGACGAUUGUUCGUGAAGAAACGGCAGAAGAGGCCUCCAAACCUCUCAACAUUGGGGAAGAGACAUCUUUGGCAGUAGUGUGGGUCUUUACUCUGGGAAACAAGUACGAAGCUGUAGGGAAACUGAAGGAAUUUGAUCCAAUGCUUACUUUUUCCAAUUUGACACAGUCGACAGAGAGCAAAGGUCUCAAUUAUUUUCAACCCUUUCUGGAAGGAGACUCUUGCCAAGCGCUGGCAUCUUUGGAACGCAUCUGGUCCAACAGUCUCCACACUAGAGGAACAAUAGGUAAAGGCAUCUCGUCCAAUGGUUGUUAA